AUGCUAGAACAACUGAGUUUCCUCCAAACGAACGUCAACCACUCCGCCGGAGCGCAAGACCUUUUGCUGCAGUCUAUGGCGGAGUGGCAGGUAGACUUGGCGGUGGCCUGCGAGCCCUACUUCGUCCCUCCCUUACCUCACUGGCUGGGGGUCCUCACGAGGAGCGGAACGGCGCCCCCCCUCUCACUCAUCGAGAGGGGCUCGGGCUACGUAGUGGUGGGGUGGGGGGAGUACGUCGUCGUCGGUACGCACUUCUUACGUACGCGAUGCGUACCCCGGGAAUCCCCCCUAGGUGUUGGAGGCUCGCAUAGGCGGGCCGACCGUCAGGGCGUCAUGGUAGCAUGCGUAAGCGAUCCCGUGGCGCCCGCCGAAAGACGGAGAGGGUACCGCGUCAGAAAUACCGUGAAUACUUGUACCUCUACAACAGGAGCGGCUACUCAGCUAUUUGCAUCGGCGAUAAAUUUUCUAGCAGCAACUCAAUGUAUCAUACCAGAAAGACAACGCCAUUAUGCCGGUGAUCACGAGACCUACGAUUUUAUCAUCAUCGGUGGGGGUUCAGCUGGUAGUGUAGUAGCAAGUCGACUCAGUGAAAUAAAAAAAUGGAAUAUAUUGCUCCUCGAAGCUGGAUCUGAGCCUCCAAUCGAAUCUGAUAUACCAUAUUUGGGACAAUAUCUUUUCCAAUCAAAAUAUGAUUGGCAAUAUUACACUCAAAAUGAUGGCGUAAAGCAUCAAGCACUCAAAGCCGGUUCUGUUUAUUGGCCUCGUGGAAAAAUGCUCGGUGGAUGUAGUUCAAUGAAUGGAAUGAUAUAUGUCAGAGGAAGAGAUUGUGACUUUCAAGCUUGGGAAAAUGCGGGAAAUCCAAAUUGGACUCCAGAAAAUGUAAAUUUUUAUUUUAAAAAGGCAGAAAGUUUGCAAGAUAAUGAAUUAUUAAAAGAUCCUGACAUAAGAGAUACCUAUGGUUACGAUGGUCCACAAGUUAUUAAUACUUUUAACAUCACAUACAGGGAAAUUACUGAAAAGGUUUUAGAAUCUUGGGAUUACAUAGGUUUUAAGCGCGUGGCAGAUAUUAAUGCACAUGGAUUCAAUGGCCUAGGAAUAUCAGGUAUUUUAAGAUCAACAGCUGCAAAUGGUCGUAGAUAUAGUACUUACAGAUCAUAUUUGGAUCCUAAUAGAAAGAGAAAAAAUUUAAAAAUUGUCACAAAUGCCUUUGUAACUAAAGUUUUAAUUACUGGCAACAGUCACGCAUAUGGAGUUGAAGUCGAUAUUAUGAAACAGAAGAAAACAUUUUAUGCGAACUUUGAAGUAAUAUUAAGUGCAGGAUCAGUGAAUACUCCACAGUUAUUAAUGUUAUCCGGUAUUGGUCCCGCAGAACACUUACUGUCUAAAAACAUUUCAUGUAUUGUCAAUUUGCCAGCAGUUGGUAGGAAUUUACAUGAUCAUAGUUUAAUUCCUAUCGCAAUUUACGGCGAUGAUCCAGGACAGGAAAACAAAGAAGAAAAAUUAUUUGAAGUAACAAAAUAUAUGUAUAACAGAACGGGACUUCUAGCACAUAACAUUAUUACUGAUAUUUCGGCAUUUUUUUCUCGUAAUCCAGACAUGGCGUAUCCAGAAUUUCAAAGUCACUUAACAGUUAUACGGAAAAAUAGUCAAUCAAUAAAAAACUUUUUUCAUAAUUACCAAGAUGAUACACAAAAGUCUUUCAUAGAAUUUAAUACAAAAAAAGCUUUAUAUUUAUUUCAAUUUAACCUUUUGCAUCCAUUAUCCAGAGGAUCAAUAUAUUUAAAAACGUCAAACCCUUACGAUCACCCAAUAAUUAAUGGCAACUAUUUUAGCGAAAUUAGAGAUUUAGAAGCGACAGUUGAUGGAAUAAAAAUGCUCACCGAGAUAGUGAACACUCCAUAUUUUAAAUCUAUAAACGCUUUUGUACAAAGAGUAAAUAUACCUCAGUGUAAUAAAUAUGAUUUUAAAAGUGAUUCUUAUUGGCAAUGCUAUGCAAUAAACACGUGUAGUACUGUAUACCAUCCAGUUGGGACGGCAAAAAUGGGACCAAAUCCAAGGGACUCGGUCGUUAAUAACUUUUUAAAAGUUUAUGGAGUGAUGAGAUUACGUGUUAUAGAUGCUAGUAUAAUGCCUUCAAUUACUAGUGGAAAUACUAAUGCUCCAACUAUAAUGAUUGGCGAAAUGGGUUCUGAUAUGAUUAAAGCCGAAUAUUUGAGUCAUUAUUAA